AUGUAGUUGGACGCGUUGUAACCGCCGCUAGUCACCUUUAAAAUUAUGCUAACAUAUUUGCCACAUUACUAAAUAUGUUUAUUUUUAGGCUUAGAUUACCUUUUUGUAUAAAUUAGAACACAUGAUGAUUUUUAGAGCGUGCAGCUUUGGUAGCAAAACUCAGUGUUACCAUGGUUACUAGGGCAACCAAACACAACAUGGUGACAGCAGCAAAAAGGACCUUUCAUUGAUAUUUAGCCAAAAUACUUUUUAUACAAUUGUUAUCUCACAGAAACUGUAAAUAUGUAUAACAUGGACUUGCCUUUGGAUCAGUCAAAAGAGAAGGCCUUGGAGGCCCGAAGGUCUGCAGAAAGAGCACGCAAGGCCCGGGUCUUCAACACUCGUCUGCGUGUGAUGGGCCUGGACCUGGAUGCUCUAAACCAGCAAGUCCAGGAAAAGAAGUGCAGACAAAACAUGGAGAAACAGCGAGACCAGGCUUUUGAUACCCUCAGAAGAUGCCAAGAUGAAACACUUCUUCAGCAAGACAACAAUGAGAAAGAGAAGCGAAAAGCUUUGCACAAGGACCUGAUCCAGCUCUGGAGAUCACAGCAGCAAGUUGUGGACUCUCAUGAUGCUGACCUGCAGUGUGACCUGAAGGGAGAAGGUGUUGGAGGAGAGCAGAUGAGGAGGGAGCAAGUAAAAAAAAAUGAAAAAGAUUUGCUAGCACAGAUGGAUGACAAUAAAAGAAGGGAAAUCAGAGCAAAGCACAAAGAGAUGCUGGUGAACAGGGAGCUGGUGCAUCAAGACCUAAGGGGGCUUCAGCAGGCUGCAGUGGAGGAGGAGCAUAAGAAAGCUGCCCGCGUCGCACUCGACAGCUACAAUCAAGCCCUGGCGGCAGAGCAAGCUGAAAACCUCAAGGAGCAGCGCAGGAGAGAAGAGAGGGAGAAUCUGGCAGAAAUGUGGCACACUGUGAAUUCUGACAUGAUGACAGAGUGUGCAGAGGCAGCGGAGCGACAUGUGGGAGGAGGGAGGCCACCGCAGGUUUUGCCAGACAGGUGGAAGGGGAUGAGCCCCGAGCAGCUCAGCACCUUCCACAGGGAGAGAGAGCAACAGCGCCUUGACAGACAGAGACAACUUUGGGAUGAAAAGAUUAGAAAUGCAACCUGGGACUUGCAGCUCCUGAAGCUGUCGAAAAAAGCAGAGGAGAAGGAACAGAGAACGGCAGAAAUGAGGAGAGAGCAGAGAAUACAGAUGGACCAGUACAACAAGCAGCUGGCCAGAGAGCAGCAGGCACAUCAGGACUAUCUGAACAAGGAGCUCUAUACCAACAAACCCACCAAGGACUACUUUUACCAGUUUAACACUGGUUCCCGCUGACCAGCACCCAGCACCAGCUUGUCCCCUGUUAACAGUUUACUUAUAUUAUAAUAUAAUAUAUAAUAAAGGAUUGGAUGUUCUUAA